CUGCAACUUGCGUAGCAUCAACUAUUUCGCUUGGUUCGUGAGUGAGCGUGGCUGCGCUUCGUACAUCCAGUUGUUGAGUCAAGUUCGCAAUUUGUGUUGAGCAAAAGUUCAAGUCAGCCAAUAGUUGCUGCUGCUCUCUUCGGCGGCAUGUUGUUGUGAUGCUGCGCUGCUCCUAGCCAUAGCCGUUCGAAGGAUCUGCGCGACUUUCGCGUCUAUAACAGUGUACCUUGCUGGCGCUAUUUGUGGCAGUCGAACGCGAGCCCUUGGCUGGAAAGGGUACACAGCUCAGCAGCAAUUACUCCAUACUGCAUACGGGCACCAAGCGAAUAGUAAAAAAAAGAGAAUUACACACAUAUACAGACAUCCACACACAGUUUGGUGGUGCUAAAAAAUGUGUAAAUUAAUGGAGACUUGAGAAUUUAGACAAUAAAAACAUCUGUGAAUAAUUAAUUAAUUACAAAUGCAACUUAAACAAAAGGAAAUUGAACAGUGUUCGAUACGAUAAAGAAAGCAGCAAAAACUUAUACAAAAGCAAAAAUAAAAACAAGAAAAACACACAAUAAAAGCACUGAACUUUGAAAUAAACGCAAAAAAAGAAAAAAACUUUGUCUACGUCUGCGUUUGGACUUGGACUUGGUCUCUAUGUUACAGCGUAAGGAGCGUAGAGGAGCGUAGCAACGGUGUGUAAAGCACACACACAAGCGCAAGUACACGCACGAACGCAUACACAUACACACGCACGCAUACGAACUCGCAAAAGUACACACACACUCCAUUUUCUACAUCACUUCGUGCCUGUGCAUCUGCCUAGCGGCUCAGCACCUGCCCCAGCCUCAGACGCAACCUCAGCGCCUCAGUGCCAGCCAGCGUUGGAUUGAGAUUCAGUAACAGUAAAACAGUAUCAGCAUUAGCGGCGUCAGCUCCCCCAACCUUUGCCAACCGCGCUGCCAACAUCAAACGGUCGCGCGCUCAGUGUUCAUUAUACAUAAGAGAGUUACUGCUGCUGCUACAGCUGUGUGUGUGUGUGUGUGUAUUGCUGACUGAGUGCUGUUCGGAGUUCUGCUUGUAUAUACUGCUGCCUUCACCCCAAAAUCUCUUAUUGAUUUUGGAUUCAAACACACACGCCGCCGCCGUCGUCCUCGUCGUCAUCAUCAUCUCGUCGUCGUUGUUGGUGUCGUGUGUUGCUGUAGCUGACUGCUAACGAGAGAGGCAGCCGCCACAAAAUUCAACAUACAGCAGCCAGCAAACGCAUACAGUGUUUGUUGCAACGAGCUUGGCGCACGGCCGUGUAGUCAAAGUUGGGCACGUUGAAGAGCGGCGUGGCGCGAAGCAAAGAAGUGUUGUUAGCUUGUGCGGUGCGGUCGCCCGCCCACCCGCUAAAUGCUCAUCCAGCCAGUCAGGCAAGCAGUCAGUCAGCCAACCAGCCGUGAAGAUGCUAGCAAUAUUGUAAACACGCAUGCUUACAAAAUUUAUUUAUACGAAAUAAAGAUUGAAAAAUAAAUAAAAAAAAAACCAAAUAAACAUAAAUAUAAAUCAAUAAACUGUUGAAACUAAAAAAAGAAACAUUUCUAAUGGGAACUUGUGAUGCUAAAACCAAAUAAAAUGCAAAACUCUAAAUAAACCAAACUAAAGAAAAAUGUUUUAAACAACAAAAUGUAUUAACAAAGUAGCGCACAAAACCAAUAUCAAUUACUAAACUAAACUAAAACCAAAAACAGCAACAAACACAUACAAUAAGUAUAAUAAGUUGUAGAAGACAUGUACAUUUGUACGGUGAUAAAAAAGUCUACACUCGUAAAAUUAACCAAAUAACACACAUUCCCAAAGAUUUGCAAAUGUAGGAUGAGAAGAAAUCCUCUGAGAAGGACAAUUGUAUAAGUAAAGUGUGCCAAAAUCGAUUUAUACCCAGUACUCGCUUCUCGGUUUGUGUAGAUAUUCAUUCGUAUUCAUGAAUGCCGUUCAUUUGGAACCGAUAGUGCUCCUUUCAAUUGUUGUAUUAUUAGGUGUAGUUAUUGUUGUUAUUGAUUAAUAUACAUAAGUAUAUACACUUAUUUAAGAUAACCACAAAAAAAAAAAACAAAAAAACUAAGAAAACCAAAAGCGAAAACCGAAAACAUCAAUUUAUACAUUCACAUACAAAACACACACUCGUACACACGUUAAGAUUAGCGCCCAAUAAUAAGAAAUCGCAAAGGCCUAACCGAGCGAGAGGGAUUGCGACGACGUCAACGAGGACGAACGAGGCAAAGCCGGGCUGACAGCAGGGCAGCCGCAAUCUGACUUCAACCGUAAAAAGUGGGUUGAUUCGUGUGCGAAAUUGAGUGUUGAAUUCGAAAGCUCCUUACUCGCUCGCUGGAGUCCCGGAAUACGCGAGCAACCGCGUACACAAGUAUAUAUGCACGGAAAUAAAAUAUUAUAAGGCGAAAGAAAAACAGCUGAAGUAAAAUAAAAACAAGUCACACGAAAAGAGGAUUACGCUAAUCCAUUGGUGAUGAUGUUGACGUGUACAACGCCUACACGGAGCAACAGUGUAACCGCCCUCGAGCAGCAGCCAACCUUUCUGGCGCUAAAACAAUACCAAGAGCAGCAGCAACAACAACAGCACCGUCAGCAGCAGCAACAGUUAACGUCGCCGCAAUAGCAACAGGAGUUCGAUCAGCUAAGAGUUUUUCGCGCGGAGCUCGUCGCCGCCGCAUACACAGUGCCCACAGUGCCAAGUGUUGGAAGGUGGUCGCAAACGCAAUCGCUUAGCAGUUAGUAGAAUUGACAGCUGAUAGGUCGUUGACAAAGCCAACUAACCGAGGGACGGUGCGGUGAUUACGAACAACGAACCAAGUGCAGCGGUGCUCGUAUCGUUCGCAAAGAGCUCAUACAUUGUGGCACCGGUGGAAUUGGCUGUGACGGCUGAAAGUGUGCAACAAGGACGUGACGUGACGUCGUUAUCGUUAUAAGGACGGACGGACGUGUGUGUGUGUGUGCUGUGCGCGUACGAACAAAUUGCGCCGUUCGGUACUAAAUAAACAUUUACUCGAGGCAAUCAUCUCCACCGCCACCGCACAGACUACAAUGCUCUGGUAGCCAAGAUAGUUUUGCCGUGGAUCACUAUUGCGGCAGCAGCAGCGGUGAUACGCCACACGCAGUGAAUAGUGUACUUGGAGUUGGUGGGUCGGCUGGUAUAAGUGGCUCAGGCAGCGGUGUUAGUGGCGGAGUCGGCGGUGUUUGCAGUCAAUGCUCAUCAACGGCGGCAGCGGCGUCGGCAGCAGCUGCGGCUGUGGCUGCAGCGGGCACAACAUCGUGCGGUGGCGGUGGCAGCGGCGUUGGCGGCAACAACAACAUCAACCACAACAACAGCGGAGUUGGUGGUAUCGGCGGCGGCGCGGCGAGCGCAGUUGGUCCGUGUUAUUGCAGCAACACGAUGUGUCAUCAUGUAUCCGGUGGCAUGCCGAUGGGCGUACCACCACCACCACAACCGCCACAUGCGAUGAUGUCCGGUGGCGGCGGCGUCGGUGGCAUCGGCGUCGGCGGCGAUAUGCGCAAUCCAUUGCACAGCAGCAGCAGCUUACUGGGCUCACAUUUGUCGCUUGGCGGAAUGAGCAUAGGCGGUGGCGGCGGCGGCGGUGUUGGUCUCUACGGUUGUGAUACGAUCAUCUCAGGUCCCAGUCAUUGUCGCAGUCUAAGCGGUUUGAGUAGUCUGAGUAUCGGACCGCCAGCACCACCAGUGCCGCCUCCACCCCUCUUCAAUCCAUGUAGUUCAAAUAGUUUUAAUUCGAUACAAUCGAUGCAGGGGCCAAGCUCCUCACGCUGGGGACCGCGUACAUCAUGCCCGAUACACAGUCCGUUUCGUGUGCGCGCACCCAACGGUUCAAUAUGCUCUGGACAUCAGGCUUUGCUACAUACUCACGAUGUUGUGGCCCGAGACGUUUACGGUGAGGAGGCACUGCGCGUCACACCGCCACCAAUGGUACCCUACAUUAAUGGCGACGAAAUCGAUAAUGUGGACAACGGCGAAUUGCAGCACGUAACCCGAGUGCGUUUAGUGCAAUUCCAGAAGAACACCGAUGAACCAAUGGGCAUAACGUUAAAAAUGACCGAAGAUGGACGUUGUAUUGUGGCUAGAAUAAUGCAUGGUGGCAUGAUACACCGUCAGGCAACGCUGCAUGUUGGCGACGAGAUACGAGAAAUUAAUGGUCAGCCCGUUCAACAUCAAUCUGUGGGCCAAUUACAACGCAUGCUGCGUGAAGCGCGUGGUUCGGUUACCUUUAAAAUAGUUCCUUCUUAUAGAAGUGCUCCGCCACCCUGUGAGCUUUUCAGGAUAAGACCAACUCCAGUACUUAUAUUUGUGCGUGCACAAUUCGAUUAUAAUCCUUUAGAUGAUGAGCUUAUACCAUGUGCUCAGGCAGGCAUCGCAUUCCAAGUCGGUGAUAUUUUACAGAUUAUAAGCAAAGACGACCAUCAUUGGUGGCAAGCCCGAUUAGACACGGUCGGUGGUUCGGCCGGUUUGAUACCGUCACCGGAGCUGCAGGAGUGGCGUAUCGCAUGUAACGUUGCGGAUAAGACCAAACAGGAACAAGGAGAAGGUGCCGCUGGCUGUUCCGCCCACGCCGAUGGGUGUGAUGGAUCGACAGUAAAUUGUUCGAUCUUCGGGCGUAAGAAGAAACAAUGUCGCGACAAAUACUUAGCUAAACACAAUGCCAUAUUUGACAACUUGGAUGUGGUGACAUAUGAAGAGGUUGUAAAAGUGCCAGUCGGUGAUCCAAACUUUCAACGGAAAACGUUGGUUUUGCUUGGUGCGCAUGGUGUGGGUCGCCGUCACAUUAAGAAUACACUAAUUUCCAAGUAUCCCGAUAAAUAUGCAUACCCCAUACCACAUACAACGAGACCUGCAAAACCGGAGGAGGAGAGUGGACGCAGCUAUUACUUUGUAUCGCACGACGAGAUGAUGGCCGACAUUGCUGCGAAUGAGUAUUUGGAGUAUGGUACUCAUGAGGACGCCAUGUACGGCACCAAACUGGACACCAUACGUCGCAUACACACCGAAGGCAAAAUGGCCAUAUUGGACGUUGAGCCACAGGCGUUGAAGAUUCUGCGCACUGCAGAAUUUACACCCUAUGUCGUGUUUAUUGCGGCGCCAUCAUUACAAAAUAUCGCCGAUUACGAUGGCAGUUUGGAGCGUUUGGCAAAAGAGUCCGAUAUGUUACGUCAAUUGUAUGGACACUUUUUCGAUUUGACGAUCGUAAACAACGAUAUAAGCGAGACAAUUGCCACGCUGGAAGCGGCCAUCGAGCGUGUACACACCACACCACAAUGGGUGCCAGUUUCAUGGUUGUACUGACAAGACAGUGAGCUUGAGUGUCCCGACUGCUUAGAGGGCUGUGACUGUGAAUGGGAAGCAUACGCAGCCGGUGCCCAACAACCAAAUACGGGCCUCUUCUGAACUAUUACAACAAACAAUAGCAAAUCUAAUAAAAAAGCACCGUUAAAGAACAUCACUUGGGGAAAUCAACUUACAUAGUAUAUACACACGCGUAUACCGAGGAAUGAUUAUUAAAUAAGAAUUAAGGCAAGACGCAUAAGUAAAAAACAAAGCAAAUGGAAAAGUGCAUAAAAAAAGAAAACAUAAAGACAUAUUUACUUGCAGCAGUGCACAAAGUGACACCAGCAAAUACACACGAAACACAAACAUACACUAGUUCGUAGAAAAAUUUAUAAAUGAAAAUUCGGGUGCAACAACAUUAUAAAGAAAUAUAGUAUAGUAUAGGCAAUAAAGAAAUAAAGAAAAAUUAAGCAUUAACACUUAUACACAGACAUGCAUACAUUCCAAAUAAAUGAAAAGACAACGUUAAGAAAUUUAGUAUGUCUGUUUUGAGUACACGCAUACACAAGAAUAGUGCAGCAGAAACUUUGAAACCUAAAAAUUUUCACGUCUUGAGCAUUUUUAAGCACACGAGCAAUUUUGCUUAUGAGUAGCUAGCAAAAGUGUAAUUAUUCUUUUCAGGUUCCAACUUUGUUUAAUGAAAAAAUAUUAAAAAAUUAGAUUUUAAAUUUUUAAUUCCCAUUUUGGGAUUAGAAAUUUAAAAUAUUAUUUUUAUUUUAAUACAUAAUAAUUAAAUAAAAGUUAAAUUAUACUUUUCGAGUAGCCUUUAAUCAGGGUUGCAUAUUUUUUAUUAAAAAAAUAUGGUUUAAAUUUAAAAAUUUAAUUAAAAUUAAAAAUUGAAUUUUUAAUAAUACAUAAAUUAUAUUUUCAAUUUUUAAACCAUGAUGUUUAGGAUUAAAAAUAAAAAAAUAUUAUUUUUCAAUUUAAUUGUAAAUAAAUAAAACUUAAAUUAUAUUUUUACGGUUGCCUACACUCGGGUUUGCGAUUCUUUUUGUUAUUAAAAAUGAAAAUUAUUAUUUUUUAAUUUAAUAAUAAAAAUCGAAAAUUGCAAUCCAAGUUAUUUGGGAUUAAUUUUAGACAUUAUUUUUUAAUAAAUAAAUUGAAGCAACAAAUAAAUAAAAUAUUUUUCGAAUUAAAAGCUGGAAUGAAAAGAUAUAAAAAAGGAAAAAUUUACUGAAAAGUGAUAAAUUAAAGCAAUUAAAUAUCUAUAAUUUAUUAAAAAUUAUAGUUCCUUUUUAAAAUAUAAUCAAAAUGCGCAACCAUCUUUUCGCAACGAAGUAAGCAAAAUUUUAAAUAAAUUUCGCUUUGGAAGUUUCAAUUAUAUUUUUGGAAUUCGAAAAAUUAAUUAAAAAUUGGUAUUAUUUUUAUUUAUCUCGUUUUUGAAUCAAAAAUUUUGUGAUUUAAAAUUUAAAAAAAUUAAUUAAAUAUUUUUUUAAAUUUAUUAUUUGCAACCCUGCCAACACUUCAAUUCGCAGUAAGAAGAAAAAUAUUAAAGUUUGCCUUUGUUUUUAAAGUCGCAUAUUUUAUUGAUCGAACAGUCAGCCAUGCAAAUUUCAAUUCUCAGCAAAUCAGUAGGCAAUCGGCAAUCCUUGCUAUGUUGUUUUUGUCAUAGCACUAUUGCACGUGUGUUAAAUAAUGGCAAGUUGUGGAAUUUUCAAAAUAUAAACGACUUUAUUUGGCACUUUGUUAAGUUUACUCAGAACAAUUGUUACAAUUUUUUAUUUAUUUUAAAACGCUUAUGUAAAGUAAAAUAUAUAUACAUAUGUACACACACACACAAGUACUUGUUAAAUUAAUUUAAUGUAACUUUUAAUUAUAGAACUUCUUGAAAUGAACUAUUUGAAAUUAAGUGAAAGAGAACUUGCAAAAUAUACUGCAUAUAAUUAAUAAUUACAAUUUUACGAGCGGGUACACAACACAAUAAACUAAAAGUAUUAUUGAAAAGUAUUCAACCGAUGCAAUUAAGAGUGUUUCAAAAGUAAGAGUCACAAAAAGCAAAUUAAGUAAAUUUUAAAUGAGAAUCAUGCAAUUGUAAACAAUGAAAGUAAAACACAAAGUAAACAAGUAAAAAGAGUUAUAAACAAACAACAACAACCAAAUAAUAUUUGCACUUUUUAACAAAAUAAUACAAAAUGCAUAAUAAACAAAAUAAACGUUGCGGAGAACAAGUUUACGAGCAAGCAAGUUUGCUGAGCGUUAACUCUGCAGCACCAGUCUGUUUAAUGCAACGUGAAGAGCAGUGAAGUAAGCACAAAAACAAAAACAAAAAACGAUACAAGUAAAGCAUUCAUACACACAUCUACACAUUUAAGAAUUAAAUGAAAUAAAAAAGUACAUGGAAAAACGUUAAUAAAAUAAAAAAAAAACGGUAAAGAAGAGAAUCAUAGUAAUAAUUUUAGUAAAGUUACUGUCAACCAAAUACUAAAACAAAACAAAAGGAACAUAAAAAUAUAAAUGAAAAACAGUAAAUUGUAAACCAAUUAAAAAAUAUUCGAAACGCGGACACACAGGUAUGCAAUGAAAAGAUAAUCGUACAAGUAUAUUACGUACAUACAUGCAUUAAAUAUUUGAGAACCGUUACAUGGAAUCGUUAAGAACGUUAAGCGACAUGGUAAUAAUUUGAUUACAAAUAACUCAGGUUGAAUUAUUUCAAAAUGUGAAAGCAGACAACUGUAAAUGUAUUGAAUUUUUUCCAAUAAACUAACUAAGAGAACCUAACACAAAGCCCCACCAGCAGCACGUAAACCCUUCUAUUAAGGCAACACAAAUGAAGAUCAUCACAGCAUUACGUCACUGCAUAUAAGUGUUAACCUUUACACGCUUAUACGCGACAGAGGCACACAUUUAACGCUGCAGGCUGUCAUAGCGAAACCACUAGCAUACAAUUUCUUUAUUGGAUUGCAAAAAUAUGCACACUCAUACACACAUACAUACAUAUGUACUUGCCGUUUCAAUAUUUAACCACAUUCGUGUCAUGAAUAGUAUGGAAAGAAAACUAACAACAACAUUUGCCACAAAGCAUUACAUACAUACAUGCAACUAUUUCACCAGUGACUUUUCAUUUCACCCAGAAAAAUGUUCACCAAUCAAUCACAAACGUGAGUAGACACACAUCAUACCCACACACAAACAUGCAUACAUACUAAACCAACAGACAAAUAUAUUUACCGUAUUUCUGAGCUUAUUUUGUAGUUUUUGAGAGAACUAAUAAACUUUUGUAAGUAUCUUUAAGAUUCUAUGGUUUCAAAGGGUUGAUGAUUGUAAUCGAAUAUUUCAGCAAAUUUAAAGAGAGAUAAUUAAACAAAAACGCGAACGCAGCUAUACUACUCAUGCUAUGAAAAUGUGGGGGGAAAUGUGAAAAAGUUCCCCCCCACACAAUGAAUAGUAACUGUACUUCACACUACUAUGCAUUAAAUUAAUUGUUAAUUUCAAAAGGUAUACACACUUUCUAACUAAGAGACAUAAGAGAACAAACAUGUGCUGCGUGCAUGUUGGUUAAACACUAAAACAAAAACAAAAACAAAUGAUAAAAGAAAUAAGUCAUAUAAAAUAGGCGGUAUAAAAUUGACUAAGAAGUGGUUGAGACCAUUUGAAAACUGUUGCCAAACUAAACUUAAAUCGCUCAAUUUACGUUUUACUAAAAUGAAACUAGAUUACAAUUAGAUUUAAAUAGACUACUAUAUAGACUAGGAAGAUGCCUGGUUAAGGAGCUAGUUGGAAGUCCAAGUCCCACAUCCUGCCACAACAUUAUUGUACAUUCCCUCAUCGAAAGCAAACACAGCGCAACUUCUCAUCUCUCAUAUGUAUGUUUAACCGUUGUUUUCCUCCCUAUGACCACUCUCCUGCCUUAGUUCCGCACCACCUCGCCCAUUUUACUGCAAUGUUUUUUUUUUUUUAUAGUGAAAAUAUACAGCUGCUUAGAUGCUUACUUAAACAGGGCGUGGUAGUAAUUAUGAUUAGAUAUGAAUUACAUAAUACGAGUAAGGGGAAAUUUACUCAAUAACGGUACUUAAAUUAGCAAUUCAAAGUAGGUUUUCAUUACAAAAAACGCUAACAUACAAACAUACAUACUUAUAAAUUAUCACUAACGUACACACUACUAGCGACAUUGACAAAAUUAAUAAACAUUUAAUACAUUUAAAGAAAAUCACUGCUUUGAGAAUCAAAAUUACACAUACAUACAUACGCGUAGAAUAAAAUUUGACGAAAAUCGAGAAGCCGAGCAGCCGAGCAGCCGAAAGCGAACGCACUUUGCUCUACAGCGCCAGAGAGCCAAACACACACUUUUGUCCCUUUGAGCGAAAGUCAUGUUUAUUAAAAAUCGGCAUGCAUAAAUGAAUAUAAGUAUAUAUUUACUUGUACAAUAAACGAGUAACGGCGGCAAGAUCUUGAAGCAGCGCUUGCUUGCAUGUCAUUAUUAGAAUUUAUUUUCGAAACACUUUAGAAUAAAUAAAUUUAACAUUGUUUCAAUGAAAUGAAUUGAAAUUUUAAGAAAUCAUAAGUUGUAUUGGGUACCUUAGCUGUACGGGGGUGUAAUUUAAUUCUGGCUAUUCGUAGCAAAUGGCUUAAAUAUUAAUUUAAUUGUUGAAAGUUUUUUAUUAGAAUUAUCUAUACACACAUAUUUUCUUUAAAUGCAACUCAUCAAAGAAACAAAAAGAAAAGCGUCAAUCAUUGCAACAACACUAAAAAUCGAGUUUGAGAUAUGUACAUAUAUACAUACAUACAUGCAUAUGCAGCACACAUACUUAUGUGUAUGUGUUCAACAGUAAUAUAAAGCCGUUAAAAGUAAUACUAAAAUAAUGAAAAAACAGUUGUUAUUUAAGCAGAAUUAAAGUUAAAGAAAAUAAAAUUAAUAAAAUUAAAAAAAAAACAA